CCCUCUGGAAGCUUAACACCCCAACGCCGGGGGAGGAGCUCCCGAAUCCCGUCACCAAUUAGCCAGCAGAGCGAUCGGCGUCAUUUUCCCUUUAUACACAUAAACAAACAACCAGAAGAUCCGAGUGCGAGUCAGAAUGUGUUGCAACAACUGGCUAUCAACAUCGGAAAUACCGGCGAGACCGCAUCUGUAGCCGGAGACACCAAUCCUGUUGCAGUUGCUGAGUCGAGUUCCAACACCCAAGCUAGUCAACAAACCGCUGCGAGCUCAGCUACCGAGGAGGUUAAUCAUGUAAUUCUCUCAAGUUCAGUGACCGGUGCCCAGACUACUGCAGGACCUGCUCCAAUGUUGUCAACCGAUGGGACGGGCCAGGGUCCAAUGGAAGAAUCAACCGGCAUCCCCGGGGCCAGUAGAGGGAGUACGUCAGUCUCUGUUUCUGAUCAAGGUGUUCAAACAGAGAUGGAGAAGACCACAAGCCCUGCGUUGGUAGAAUCAGUCGCAUGGUGUGAUGGUUUAGAAAAUACACUGGGCCUCCUUGUGGUCAAAAUGCUGGCCUUCCUGGAGAAUGCUUCGCCGCCAUCUACUACCCGUGCAUCUAGCGCUUCUUCUACCUCAGAUACCACCCAAACCAGUUAUGAUGUGCAUCCUGUUGGUGCAUAUUGCGCGGCAAACGAACCAUGUCAAAAAUGCAUCAAGUUGAAGGAGCGGAUAUCUCUCCUGGAAGAAUACCUUAAGUUUCAACAGGAAUCACAGUGGAAGACAAACGACAACUUGACUGAGAUGGUCGAGGGAAAAGAUCGUCAAGCAACUGAGAGGAUAGAUCAUAUUGAAACCCGUCUUGAAAACGUCUCGACUGAUCUUCAAAGGGUUGAAACAGAGCGUGACAUAUUUAAAACCAAGGCCACAUAUCUACAAGGCAAAUUGAGUGGUCAUCACCAUCUAAGGGGCAAUGCUAGACGAGCACGACGCUUCACCAAACAAAACCGCCACGCAUUGAGGGAUUUCAAUGCAUGUAUCCAAAAAGUGACAGCCCAACUAAAAGAUACUGCCUCCCAGCUCACAGUCUCGCCACAUCCAGAGGUACAGAGGUUUCGCCAUGAACAGCAAAUUGACGCAGACUCAAUCACCAACAUCGAGAGUAGGCGACUACAUCUGCACCAACAGGCUGGGGAAAGCAGAAAUAUCAUGCGGAAUAAUUUAAAUGAAAAAGAGGUCGCCUUCUUGUUGCCUAAUGACAUACAGAGUCCCCAAAAAGAAGAGCAGGGCACGAGUUCAGAGGUUGUCACUUCUCACAUUGAACAGCCCAAGGCCAACACUGUAACGACAGCCAAACAGGAAGCCUUCUCAAAUACUAACAGGAAAAGUAAGAUUUUGGACAGCGAUAUUUACAGAUCCAAAGCAAAGGUGAAAAGAGAUCGGAAACCUCAGUCCAGAUGUGUCAAGUUAGAGGCAGAAAACUACGGCUUACCUAUCCUGGACGACGCGCUCUCUCCAUACAUCCAGGCAAGAUGGGGUCAAAGAUUAUUAAGGGACUCAUACAUCUCCAUCGUGGCAUUUGGGCACCUCACUAAAAGCCCGUGCUGGCUCAGAACGACUGCUGCGUUCAUUCGCCAGAUCUUCUGGAUGGGCAAAUUUGUUUUCAACCUUAUUCCUUUUUUCCAAAGAUCGUUAGUGCUUCUAUCCGUUUCUAUCUUUCCUCCCUAUUUGAUCAUG